AUGGCUAGUGUUAGCUACUAUUCUGCUUCAAAAUUGGAACCAAAUGUUCAACAAGUCAACUUUGAAGAAAUGGCUAUGCAGCAGCUUUCUCCGGAGCUUCUUUUUGAUUUCAACUAUGAUGUUGAACAGAGCUUUUACAAUGAAAAUCAAGAUCAUGAUUGUUAUUUUGAUCCAGAUGAGUUUCUUUUACCAAUUGAAAUGAAUAACAAUUCUUGUUUCAUGCCAGAGUAUUCUGUUUUUGAGAAACAGCAAAAGGUCUUUCAAGAUAACUGUCCGUCCACUCAUAAUUCUUGUUUCAUUCCAGAGUACUCUAUUUAUGAGAACACCCCAAAACGUCAAAAGAUUUUUCAAGACAACUGUCUUCCAAAUAGUAAUAUAAUAAUACCGUCCACUCACAAUUCUUGUUUCUUAUCAGAAUACUCUGUUUAUGAGAGUACCCCAAAACGACAAGAGGUCUUUCAAGACAACUUCCUUCCUCCUCAUGGUUUGUUCAAUGAGGGGUUCGUGCCAAAUUCUCCAAUCUUUCAAGAUUUUGCCUCGUAUUUGCUUUCAGAAAUUCCUAUGCCUGUUUUUAGUACCAAGUGCAGCAAUAAUGCUGGAGUUGUCGCGAAGACAGGUGGUGGGAAAUUGAUACCUGGUGGACACAGAAUGAAUACUGCUGAAAUGUUUCAAGCUACUUUCAAGUAUAUUAAGUUCUUGCAAGCACAAGCUGCACUUCUUCAAUUCAUGGGAACAUAUCAGGAGAAUGAGAAAUCAUUUGAAACAUCAGAUUUGCACAAAUUUGUUGGAUCUUCCUUGAUCCAAGAGAAGUUGUAUUCAAGUGAAAAAUGCUUAGUUCCAAAAGUGUUACUUGAAGCACUAGAGAAUAAUCAAGAAAUUCAAAAUUCACAAGUCCUUGAGGAAGUCAAGUCUUUGAUUAAAUGA